CUGUGCUCUGGACCCGCACUCGGCCCGCGCAGCCGCAGUUCCCAGCGCUCCCGUGAUGCGUGCGCCGGCGCGUCACGCUCCCGUCCGCCGCUAGAGGGCGCUCCCGCCUGGGCGUGCCCGACUACCAGCCCCGGAGGGUAAUGGAGUGGGGGCGGCCGCAGUGACUUCUGGGAUUUGUAGUCCUGGCGCGGGGAUUGCGGAUGAGAAAAGCGCACAGAGUCGCCUCUUCCCUGCCCCUGCUCGCUUCUCUCGACGGCUCGGACGCCUGGGGUCGACCAACCCCCUUUCUUGGGAGACCAGGCACCAAAGGCAAGCUGAAUGGCUUCCUUCGGAUGGAAAAGGAAGAUUGGCGAGAAGGUCUCCAAGGUCACGUCGCAGCAGUUUGAAGCUGAAGCUGCUGAUGAGAAGGAUGCAGUUGAAAAUGAUGAAGGGAACUGGCUUCAUGCUGUUAAACGGAGGAAGGAAAUUCUCCUUGAAGGCUGUGCUGAGAAAAGUAAACAGUUGAAGGAUGAGGGAGCCAAUUUGGCAGAAAAUAAAAGAUAUCGAGAAGCGAUUCAGAAGUGGGAUGAAGCACUACAGUUAACCCCAAAUGAUGCUACCCUGUAUGAGAUGAAAUCACAGGUCCUAAUGUCUCUUCAUGAAAUGUUCCCAGCAGUUCAUGCUGCAGAAAUGGCUGUCCAGAGAAAUCCACACUCAUGGGAGUCUUGGCAAACUUUGGGACGUGCUCAACUUGGAUUAGGAGAGAUAGUCUUGGCAAUUCGAAGUUUUCAAGUAGCCCUUCACAUCUAUCCAAUGAACCCUGAAAUGUGGAAAGAAGACCUUUCUUGGGCAAGAACACUACAGGAGCAGCAGAAGGUAGCACAGAGGAUUAAAAAAAGUGACGCAUCCGCAGAGGUAACGCAGUUCUCACCAAAGUCAAUUCCUGACUAUGACUUUGAAAGUGAUGAGAUUGUUGCUGUUUGUGCAGCUAUUGCUGAAAAGCAGAAGACGGUUUCCGCAAGUAAAACAAUGGUUAUCGUGUCGGCAUCCGGGACUGUGGAGACUGUAACUGAGGAGGAAGAUGGUGCUGCACCUCCAGAUGGCUCUGUUUUUAUCAAAGCCCGGUGAAGCUUAGCAGGCAGAGUUUGAGUCUGUGUUGUCACUUACACAGUUUUAGGCAUAGGGACAUUUAUUCUGGAGAAACAGGGUAAAACUCCUGUUUGUAAAAUAUGUUUUUCAGAUGAGGCAUAUGAAAACUAAAUGAAAGAAUUAUUGUACAGUGUUUGGACUGUGCUUUCAUAAGUUAUGUUUUCAGCUUCUUAAGAUUAAAAUUCUGAGUACAGUGGGUUUUGAUUAAUAAACUUAAUUUAAUCCAGAUAUAUAAGUGAAUGCAUUUUAAAGACAACUUGGAAAGUACAUUCUCAAAUAGUGAAUAACUUCAUGGCCAGUGUUAUUAAAAUGUUGACUUGUUGACUUUGUGUUCUGAUUAAGGAAGUAGGUGAUAUCUUUCCCUGAUACAAAGAUACCACUGCUGCUGUUCACUCUUCUAUUUUUCUUGUUUCAUUAGAGUAGAGUCACAAAGCUUGAAUCUUUUUGACAUUCAUUUUGAUUCAAAGUUGGUUUUAUGUGGAAUCUUCGAAAGUCCAGCUGGAAAUGCAUGCAAAUAUGUACAUUCUGAACAUCUUCUGAAGUUUCUCUUAAUUCUGAUUUGUGCUUAUGUUUUGACUUAAAAUUAUAACAAUGGUAAGUUGCCACCUUCAGUAUUUGUUAAAUGUGUGAAGUACUGUUAAAUGUCAGAAUUUUUUUUUUAAUAUUAAAGUAGAUAGUCCUUACCACAAGCAAGUCAUUUUUAAGAUGUGCAUUUUUUUAAAUGAGUGGCUCUUACGGAUAAAUCAUAACAAAUUGUACUGCUAUAUUGUCCCAGUCAAAAGCAGUAUUUUCUUUUCCUUGCUUUUAAAAGGUUAAAAAUCUUGAACAUAACUUAAUUUCUUUCUUAUAACUUUCUAGCUGAUGAUUUAGAAUUCCUUUUCUAGGUAACUUUUCUAGAACUAGUCAGUGAAAUGAGAAACAAUCACGGUUUUAAAUAGCUAAAUUAUAUCUUUCUAUAAAUUAAAAUGUAGGAGUGUUAUUAAAGUGCCAAUGAGUGAAUACCUUAGGCACAACAUACUAGAAACUGAAAUGUGAUCUACAGUGCAAUCCCAUGGGUAAAAGAGGAUAUAUUGAAGAGGAUAUUUCAUUGAAAGGCUACAGUCACAUCCACAAAUCAAUACUGUCAUUGCUAAUGUUAAUUAUUAUUUUUAUACUACGUAUGUUAUAGUACAGUUAUAUAGAACUGCUGAUAUUGUUACUUCUGAAACUCAGGAAGCUAUUAUUAGUUGAAAAUUAAUUUUAUACUUGUUAGAGAUGAAGUAAGCUUCUUUAUUUUAAGGAAUUUUACCUUACCCUCUUGGAGCAUGUGCAUAAUUGAGUACAUUUUUCUGCGAUGGUUUAGAGAACAUUUCUUUUAGUGGAAUGCUUGCCUCUUUUUUUAAGAGUUGGAGAAGUCAGCAUUUGCAUUGGAAAGUAUUAUAUUUUUCUCCAAAGUUAUACCAGAAAGUUAGUUCUUGUUAGAGAGAUUAGUUUUAGAAUGAUCCAAAAAACAAAUAUUAAUUAUACUUUAUUUUGUUGAAUAAGGAAUAUUGUCAAACGGUGGAUAGUUGGGUAUCUAGAGGGGUGAGCACUUACCAUCUGUUGUUUUGAGUAAUGAGUAUUUGUUU